AUGGUCUCGGGAAAGCUGCUGUCGUUACUUUGCAUUCUGCCUUUUGUACUCGGGGCACCCAAUGCUCUCGCACCGUCGAGCUCUGCAACGCCCACCACGGUCACCGUUCCUCCGAGCUCGCUUUCGUCAAAGCCAAAGGAGUCGAGCACGGCGACGAGCACAUCUUUGACCGCGACCUCGUCGUCUGUCUCGUCGUCGACGCCAUCCUCUGCAUCGACCUCAACCUCAACGCUCCUUUCAUCACUUUCUUUCCCCUCAACUGAUCCUCUUCACCCACCUGAAGUUAGCAGCGAUCCCACCCUGAUCCCUGAUUUCGCGCCUGCUUGGGCAGCAGCAUACUCCAAGGCUAAGCAACACCUUGCAGAUUAUACUCUCGAGGAGAAAGUCAACAUCACCACAGGUGUUGGUUGGGGCAAUGGUCUCUGUGUCGGUAACAUUCCCGCCAACAAAAACUUCCCAGGUUUAUGCCUUGAGGAUUCGCCUCUUGCUGUCCGUUUCGCCGAUUUUGUGACGGCCUUCCCAGCUGGCAUCACCACUGCUUCUACAUGGAACCGUGCCCUCAUUCGUGCUCGCGGCUUGGCUUUGGGCAGCGAGCACAAGGGCAAGGGUGUCAAUGUCGCCCUUGGCCCCAUGAUGAACAUGGGCCGUAUUGCCCAGGGUGGUCGUAACUGGGAAGGUUUCGGUGCUGAUCCUUUCUUGACGGGCGAGGCAGCCUAUGAGACCAUCCUUGGUAUGCAGAAUGGCGGAGUCCAGGCCUGCGCGAAGCAUUUCAUCAACAACGAGCAGGAGCACAUGCGCACACAGGAUUCUGCCAAUGUAGACGAUAGGACCCAACAUGAGAUAUAUGCGCAUCCUUUCCUGCGCAGUGUCAUGGCAGGUGUAUCUUCCGUCAUGUGCAGCUACAACUUGAUCAAUGAUACAUACGCCUGCAACAAUGAUAAAAUGAUCAAUGAUAUCCUGAAACGGGAAUAUGGCUUCCAAGGAUAUGUCAUGUCCGAUUGGCAAGCCACUAUGGCCACCCUUUCUGCCGUUGCUGGGCUGGACAUGACCAUGCCUGGCGAUAUCACGUUCGAUUCUGGAGACUCCUACUUUGGCGGUAACCUCACCGCCUUCGUCCAAAACGGCACCAUCUCACAAGCACGAGUUGACGAUAUGGCCACACGCAUCAUCGCCGGAUGGUACUAUCUCCACCAAGAAUCUGACUACCCCGAAGUCAGUUUCAACGCGUUCAACACUCUGGAUGAGGCGACGAACAAGCAUGUUAACGUUCAGUCGGACCACUACAAGAUUGUCCGCGAGAUCGGCGCUGCUGGAAGCGUGUUGCUGAAGAAUGAGCGUGGCGCUUUGCCUCUCAACAAGCCUAGGAACCUCAUACUCGUCGGAAGUGAUGCAGGUCCUGGAAUAUCCGGCCCCAACGAGUUCUCCGAUCAGGGUGGAUCAGACAGAUUCCUUGCUAUGGGCUGGGGAUCUGGAACUGGUUUAUUCCCGUAUUUGAUCACUCCUUACGAGGCUAUACAGGAACGUGCUCGCCAGGACGGAAGCAGUAUUUUCUGGGACUUUGAUGACUGGAACACUGCCAAUGCCCAAACUCUUGUGACUGGCCAGAGUGCUGCCAUCGUUUUCAUUAAUUCUGACUCUGGUGAAGACUACAUCACCGUUGACGGCAAUGAGGGCGACAGGAAGAACUUGACGGCUUGGCACAAUGGUGAUAACUUGAUCCAGGCUGUUGCUUCCAACAACAACAACACGAUCGUCGUCGUCAACAGUGUCGGUCCUCUCAUCAUCGAGCCUUGGAUUGAACACCCCAACGUCACUGCCGUCGUCUGGGCAAGUAUCGGUGGUCAGGAAGGUGGUAACGCUAUCGCAGAUGUGUUGUAUGGUGCCUACAACCCAUCUGGCAGACUUCCGUAUACGAUUGCCAAGAGCCCUGCCGACUACCCUGCUCAGCUCAUCACAGGAGGCUCUGGUAGUGACAUUCUGGCCAUCAAUUAUACUGAAGGACUGUUCAUCGAUUACCGCCACUUUGAUGCGGCCAAUAUUGAACCUCGCUUCGAGUUCGGCUUCGGUCUGAGCUACACGACGUUCGAGUACUCUCAGGUCGAUAUCUCGGCUAUCUCGUCCUCAGAUCACCCGCAACAGAGCUUGAUACAAGCUUGGGAGAACGGCGAUGCUACCCCUAUCGCAGAAGGUUCUUCAACAGCGCUCUGGCUUCACGAGCCCGCCUUCAAGGUGACUUUCCACGUCAAAAACACCGGUUCACUCUCCGGCACCGAAAUCCCUCAGCUGUACAUUCACCACCCAGCAAGCGCCGCUGAGCCUCCUUCCGUGCUGAAGGGCUUCACCAACGUGAAGGUUUCCCCUGGCCAGACUGAGCAUGUUUCGAUCACGCUUUCCCGCUACGAUCUCUCGAUCUGGGACGUUGUUGCGCAGGGGUGGCGUAAGCCCAGUGGUGAGAUUACGUUCUCAGUUGGUGCGAGCAGCCGCGAUUUCAAGCUCAAUGGUACCAUUCCUACUUGAUUGAUCCACUGUCAUUUCAUUCUUUGUCAGAUAUCUCUGAUCAUUUCUUGUAUUGUCUGUUGAAAAUUAUUGUGGGGCAUAUAUUUCUUGUGGUGAAUAUUGUUUUUAAUAAUCAUGUACCUGCGCUACACGUAGACCACCUAGUGAAUGAAAGUAUACAAUCCGAAAGACACCAGUUGGCCAAACCAUCCAGCAAACGAUACAUUGUUUUUGAAGUACAGAGAUACUACUGCAAGGUUCCGUUCGAGACCCUACAGGAAAUACAAUAAUACACCAAUACCAAACACAUUAACUGCCAACCACACGUGCUACUUAUACAGGAGGCGAAACAAGAGGUGUGAUGAGAAAAGAAUCACUGCGCGACCCCAUCGCCAUCGCCGGACGCUCCAUCAACCGCCAUCUUCUGCUUUUCCUCCGGAUCUAACCAACUAUCCUCCACAGUAGCCUUGACGCGCCUGACAUACUCCUUCAUAUUUUCUCUGUACAGCUGUGCGGCCUCUGCGUUUGCAGGGCUGUUUGGGUUUGGAUCGUGUAGGAGAGACUGUAUGGAGGUGAGGAUGGCGGCGACGUCGUAGGUGGGAGACCACCGGUUCUGGAGGAUGUCCAGACAGAGUUCGCCAUUGGCGUAUACGUUUGGAUGGAACAUGCGGGAGAGGAACUUGACGGUGGGUGGCUUGUUAGGGUAGGACUCGUCGAAUGUGAGGAGGAGCUUGAAGGUGCCGUCUUCGAAGGGGGUGUCGGCUGGGCCGAAGAUGACGGCGUUCCAGACCAUGAUGUUGUCUGGGCAUGGGCUCCCUGAUAUACCGCCUGGCGGGUCUGUGGAGAGGCGUUUGAAGUCGCGGAUGAGACGUCUUCUGCAGUUUGUAGACAUGGUGAUUAUUAUUUUGAGAUGAAGCUGGCUCUUGUGGUGGGGUGAAGGUAAGAAAGUGGUAGAAGGAUACGCGUAGAAGUGAAUGAGAAGUGGCCACAGCGAUUGCACCC